CGUAGAUACAUCUGUCACUCCACAUUCAAUCCACCUCAGCUCCCCCGGAAAUAAUAUCGGUAUCCUCUCGCGAAUCACCAUCUCCUCCCGUCUUUUUUCUUGACUUUUGCGACAAGAGAAGCAACGAAUACGCCGGUGUGUGUGUACGACGAAGAACGAAAAUGGCCCCCCGGAGAUCCCACAAGAAGUCGCGCACUGGCUGUCAGAGGUGCAAGAGGCGCAGGAUAAAGUGCGACGAGACCCAUCCUUCCUGCGGUAACUGCGUCAAACAUGCGAUCGCCUGCGACUUCUCGCUGUCGACCGAACAGCUACGCGCCGUCUCCCAGGAGCUGCAUUCGCCAUCGCAGGUUGCUACCACCGGACAAGUGAUUCCGUCGUCAUCGGCCCCUUCGCCGGCGACACCAUUGCCACCGCCAGUACCGACUGUGCCUCAGUCGUCGGCGAGCCUGCCGACGACGCUGGCCCCGAUCCACCAGCCCAACCUCAACGUCCUCGACCUCUCGCUGAUGCACCACUGGUCGAUCGCGACGUGGAGCACUGUCAGCAACCGCGACGACGUGCAGCAACUCUGGCGCCUCAACAUCCCAACGCUCGCAACGCAGCACGCAUUCCUGAUGCACGCAGUCCUCGCGGUAUCGGCGAUGCACCUGCACUCGACCACCACCUGCGCCUCCGCGCGCAACCGCUACCUCACAGCCGCCUCACAGCACCACGAGCGCGCGGUCCGCGGGAUCGCACCAUGUCUCGCACACAUCUCGCGCGACAACUGCGACGCCGUCGUCGCGACCUCGGGCCUCGUCGCGAUCUACUCCUUCCUCACCUCGCGGAUCGCCGAGAUCGGCCCGGCCGACGCCGCCGCAAACACCCUGACCCCCAUCGGCUGGGUCCCGCUGCUGCGCGGCGUGCACAGCAUUCUUGAGCAGGCGCAGUCGUGGGUUCAUCACGGCCCGCUCUCGCCGCUCCUCGCGCAUCCCGGGCACGCGCUCACCCCCGAUAAGCUUGACGCCGAGACUGAGCGCUCGCUGCAGAGUCUCUACCGGCUGUGCACGGACCUGUCCCUCCCCGGCGCGGACGAGCUCGCCGCCACCGACGUCUCCACCGCGUACUUCUCCGCCAUCGCGGAGCUGCGCAAGUCCUUCGCCACGAUCAGCAAGUGGGACUCGAUCGUCAGCGCGAUAUUUAGGUGGCCGAUCGCGGCGACGGAUCGGUUCGUUCAGCUGCUGCUCGAGCGCCGUCCUCGCGCCCUCGUCAUCUUUGUGCAUUACUGCGUGCUGUUUACGCUGGUCGAGGGGUUCUGGUGGGCUACUGGAAGUGCACGGUUUGAGCUCGAGAGGUGCGAGGCGAUAUUGGGGCUGGAGUGGCGGCAUUGGAUUGAUUGGCCAAGGAAACAGAUCAUGGAGGGGAGGGGCGGCUUUACGGAGGUUGGGUCGUAGGGGUGCGGGUGUGCGCUGCUCGGUAGUGUGUUCUGUGCUCCGAGGGUGGAGGGUAUGCGAUCCGGUGACGUCACGUGACUGCCCUACCAGUACACCCUCCGCGUGCGCUUUGAUUAGAGGCCGUGAUGAACCCGGAGAGACCCGUUGGACUGAAUACAUAGCUCGAGCCGGCAACAGGAGCUUUGACAGACGCGAUCGUGUAUCCGUAGUGGAGGCAGCAAUAUAGUCCAUAGACUUCACAUUUUUCCA